GGCUUGUCGCUCGCCUUUGGAAGGAUUUUGCGCAAUUAUGGUGACUUGUGUGGUGUUCGGAUGUACGAAUCGUUCUGAUUGUGAUGCGAAAUCGAAGGGAAUAACAUUUCAUGUAUUUCCUAAAAAUGAAAGUCGGAAAGCUGUGUGGGAGAAUGCCGUGAGGAGAAAGAAUUGGCGUGCGUCUAAAUGGAGCACUAUAUGUUCUCAGCAUUUCCGAGAAGAGGACAUAGACCGAACUUCCCUUUCAACAGUAAGGGUCCGAGAAAAUGCUGUACCAUCAGUUUUCCCUACACACCCAAAACAUUUGCAAAAGAAAACGAGGAAGAGACCACCACCACCACCACCACCACCACCACCACCACAACAACAACAACAACAAAGGCAGGAGGCUACAAAGGUAGAAGAACCUGAGGUGCCUGCAGCUGUCAUUGCGCCUGGGGGGAAAUGCUUUGUGUGUGGCAAAGCAGCUGGGUCAACAGGAUCACCUAUGACAGCUUUUACAACCACCACAAAAAUCCAGCUUCAUCAAAAGCUGGGUAGAGUUAUAGGAGCAGAAUUGGAUCUUGUUGUUGAUGAAGAUGGAGUACUUUGCCAUGGCUGUUGUCGUCUGCUGAACUACAUGGACCGAAUUGAAGUGGAGCAUAGAUUGCUCACAAAAUCAGUUCUGGACUGUAUGCGAAGGACACUUGGUCUUGGUUACAUCCAAGGUGAUAAUCAUAUGCCUGAAGCUGUUCUUGCCAGCAUAGAAAAUUGCAGCAAAAACUCCAGAAUUCCUGCGGAGAAGCACGAUAUUUGCCUAGGCCUGCCUGACAAGGAAACGUCUAAUGAAGCUGUGUCAUGGAGUAAGACAGUGACAUCUAAUGGUGCUCUGUUACGGAGUAAGAUGGUGGCUUCGAGUGAUAAAAAGAAGAACCAGACAUUAGUUAUAGCCAGAGGGCCUGAAAAAAAGACUGAUGCUGACCAGGAUAAGCAAAAUUAUCACUGCAAAAUCUGCAACUUUCAAAGUAAACAUAAGUCAGUGUUCCUCUUCCAUUUGCAGAGACACCUUCAAAGUAGUUAUAGGUGUGAUUUCUGCUGUGAAUUAUUGCCAAAGGAUUUAAACUGCUGGAUAGCAAGGAUGCAGAAACAGGCAGUGUAGAAACUGCCAACAAAAAUGUCAUUCCACAUACUAAAGCAUCAGAAAUGAGAGAUUAUGUGGAAACAAUGAUUGGAGAAAUACAUACCGCUGGCAUUGUUACCACAAUGAAACCUGUAACUCCUACUACACUAAGUGAAACAAAAUAUAAGUAUCAUUAACAAAUAUGAGGAUGUGAAUAGUAUUGAGCAAGGGGCACUUAAUAUCCUUCUGACUUUCUAUGCUCACUUUGUUCACCUGUUGUGGUGAAACUUUAGGACUUAACAAAAAUGCAGUAACUUGUCACCUAUCCAUAACUGAAGGAGGAGCAACUGGAUUAAUUGUACUUAAUUGGAUGAAGUUGAAGUCUUCUCAAUAAUCUCGCAGUUAACAUAAAUUCUCACAUCCAAUUUCGAUGGUGUAAUAGUUCCCAGAACAAGCUA